AUGGUGCGAAGUGCCAGCAACGGGGCACAAAGUGCAGCAGCAGACGAUCACGGCUUCGUCCUGGGUCUGGACAGCUCCACGCAGUCCUUCAAAGCGUCUCUUUUGUGUGGCAAGACGCUGGAGCCGAUCAGCGAAGCAUCGAUCCACUUUGAUAGCGAUCUACCGCAAUACGGCACGAGUGCAGGAGUGUUGGUGUCCGAACAGGGAGAUGAGGUUUGGAGUCCCGUGGAGAUGAUUGUGCAAGCCAUGGAUGAGCUGUUGGAUAAGCUCAAGCAGCAGCGAUGGGACUUGGCUCGCGUCAAGGCUGUAAGCGCGAGUGGACAGGUGAGCCUGCCUGCCUGCAUGCAUGCAUGCAUGCAGCGCAUCGAGCGCAUCGAGCGCCCGCCCUUUGCGUGAAUGCGCUUGCUCAGACGAGCCGCCGCCGCAUGCAGUGGCUUGGCGUUGCUUGGCUUGGCUUGUAGGUAAUCGUGAAUGCUGAUCUGAAACAUCAUCUCAUCUGUAUACCGGUACCGAUACCUGCUGCGGCCCACGCGUACACGCACGCGCACGUCAUCACAUAUAGCAACAUGCCACCGUGUAUUGGUCUGAUGCAUCCACGCAUCUGCUGGCCCGCCUGGACGCCUCACGCACCAUCUCUUCUCAAUUGCAAGGCGCAUUCUCGCGAUCCAUCGUUCCCAAUUGGCAAGAUGCCUCGACCACAUCUCAAUGCGACGCUUUCCGGCGAUGCGCCUUCCGUCAAGCUGGUGCUGCAGCAGAAGGAGGUCCCCUGGACACAGAGUACACGGAAGAAGCGGGAGAUGAAGCGCUGACGAGAUUGACGGGAUCAGCGGCGCACACGCGAUUCUCUGGCGAGCAGAUUAUGAAGUUCAGACAGCGAGAUGCGGAAGCGUGGAAGGGCACGCAUCGCAUCGGUUUGGUCAGCUCGGCGCUGAGCACGCUCUUGACGCAGACGCAUCAAGGCAUCGACGAGUCGGAUGCUUGCGGCACGAAUCUCUGGCAGUUAUCUCAUCGCAAUGUCGACGACGGGUGCAGUGUCGCUGCCACUGCCACUGCCACUGCUGCUGCUGCAAAGAGGCAUUGGAACGUUGCGCUCUUGCAAGAGGUGGCCGGCUCUCAAGAAGAGGCGAAACGGCUAGAGCGAAUGCUGGGAGAGGUAGAGUGCGACGCUGGAAGAGUGAUUGGAAAGAUCGGCAAGUGGUUCGUGCAGCGCUACGGCUUCGACAGCGAAUGCAUCGUCUGCCCCGGCACUGGCGACAAUCCCGCGACAUUCUUAUCGUUUGCGUGUGAGUCCGUCGGCUACGUUUGCGCCGCGCCUCACGGAAGAACAUGACGCGCUCAACUUCAUCCCUCCAUCGCUUCCUCGCCCGCUGCCUCGGCUGGCGCGAUGCAGUGCCGCGCAAGCAAGCAGUCCUCUCCCUCGGCACUUCCGACACUCUUCUCCUCUCCUCGCACACUUACAACCCAAAAGUCUAUGGUCACACAUUUGUCCAUCCAGCCCUGUGCGAGACCGACACUGCGGAAUUGAGGUACAUGAGCAUGCUGUGCUACAAGAGUGAGUGCCUGUUGCGUUCAUACAGUCUGCCGUGUUGACCGAGGGGAAUCGCCGCCUAUGCAACGCUUCCCCCCGCUCUCCCCAGAUGGAAGUCUAGCGAGACAGGCGAUCAGAGAUACGCUUCAGCCGCCUGAUUGGGAUCACUUCAACAAGAGCGUCUUUGACGCAAGAUCCGCCGGAUUGGGUUUACCGCGCCGAGCGGCAUUCUACUGGUUGAGGCAAGAGAUCAUCGUGAGGUUUCCGCAUUUCCGUCUCCCUAUCGCUUUUGCUAGCUGUGCAUCGAUCCCAGCCUUCUGACUUUGUUGGCCGAAACCCCAUUCUCAACCCUUGCCCUCCCCGCCGCGCACAGCCACCCGGCGCUCACGGAACGGUCAGGUACGAACUGCACGGCUCUUCGUCUCAUUACCUACAACAGAAGCAAUCGUGGUCCGAUUCGGACGCGCUAAACAUUCUAGAAUCUCAGUUCAUGUCCUACCGUCAUCGAGUACGUCAAUACCUCUCCUCCUCCUCCUCCUCCUCCUCCACCACCACCACCUCAUCCAACGUCAACGCCGCCCAGUCCGACUUGACAUUGGACGCCGUCCACCUGGUUGGAGGAGCCUGCCACAAUCCGGCCAUCCAACAGCUCGUGGCCGACGUGAUGGGCUGCAAAGUGUACCUUGCGCAAACACAGGGAAACGCCUGUUCGGUCGGCGCAGCUUACAAGGCAGCUUGGGCGCUCAGCAGGCACACUGCCAUCCACAUUGCCUCUUCCAAUACUGCUGCAGCCGACAAGGAUGCGGCGAGUGAACCUUUUGAAGAGUUUGUCAGCCGAGUCAGGCGGGGCAUCGUCGUGGGCAUUGGAGGCGGCGCAGCGAAUGCGCGAGACGAAGGUCAUGCAGCUAGCCUAGUUGCACAACCUGAUCCCAAAUGGACAAAGGUGUACGCCAAGACGCUCGACGCGUGGAUCGAGUUGGAACGUAGGGCGCAGAGCGAUGUGGCACAGGUCUAG